AUGGCGGAUUGGGUUCCGAUUUUUGUGGUAGGGGUAGAUUUUGGCAUGACAUGCACUGGUGUCGCCUACUCAUAUGCCCCCGAAUGGCCAACUCCCAAACCUCUCCAAUACUGGCCAGGCUUGGCGAGGCCGGACCUCGCCAACAAAGUGCCCUCACAACUAAUAUAUCACCCCAAUUCAGGCGUGGUGAAAAGCUGGGGCUUCCAAUGCAACGUGGAACGUGAUGACCCAGCUAUCGAUAUCAAAGAAGACUUUAAGCUCAAUCUCGAUCCGCACUUCAAAGAUGUCCGGCCAGAUGCCCCAUCCUGCGAGGAUGCAAUGCGGUGGUUCCAGGAUUACAUUCUUGUUAUUUAUCGCUACACAAUUUCUCAUUUGGCUGAGGGCUUUCCACGAUUUAACUCAAGGCGAGUAGAGUUUAUCUUCAGUGUUCCGACAACAUGGAAGGAUCCUCGAAUGGUAGCAAGACUUAAGGAUUAUAUUACUCUGAGCUCUCCGAUGCAUAGAGCGACUAUCGGUCUUACGGAAGCCGAAGCUGCUGCAGUCUACGCUAGUGGUCACAACUAUCAAAGAGAUGAUGUUAUCCUCGUUUGUGAUGCUGGUGGUGGUACUAUGGAUGUCAACAUCCUCAAGUUCCUGUCUGCCCCGGGCGAACCCACGAAGUUCGCACCUCUCGGCUUAGUUGAAGGAGAAGCAAGUGGAUCUGUCAUGAUCGAUAUCGGAGCUCACGAAAUCCUAUGUAACAAACUGAACAAGGUCCAACAUUUACUUCCACGUCCCUCCCGCGAAGUUGCCCGUGAGAUGAUGCAGAAUCAUGGAUUUGAGCAGUUCAAGUGUUCAUUUGGGUCCACAGGGACUGUGGAAGCAGGUCCGUUAGAGCUUUCGAUUCCUGGCCUCGGCGAGGAGGCAAACUUCCCCGAAGCUAAGAUUGUCAAAGGCUGUCUUCAAAUAACUCAGGAAGAACUAAGAGAACUUUUUGAUCUCAGAGCUAAGGAGAUGCACUGUUUACUGGAUGAUCAGAUUGAUCGGCUACAUCGGACUCACCCAUUAGAAAAAAUAUCUUUCAUCGUUCUAUCAGGUGGUUUUGGAGGUUCACCUUAUAUGAGACGAAAGCUCAAGGACAGAUACGAGGAUCGACGUAUUAUGUCAAAUCCCAUCGAGGUUUUGACUGUGGAUGAACCACAGCUAGCCGUAGUCCAAGGCUUGGUCCUGAACAGGAAACAGCAACUCCAGCAAGGUUCUCACACCAUCCACUCGCUAUUCAGCCGCGUCAGCUACGGUGUUAUCUGUGAUCAAUUAUACGAUCCGAGUCGACACACAGGGGAGACAGUCCGACAUGACAAAUGGGAUAAGAAGAUAUACGCUACUCAGCAGAUAGACUGGAUAGUAAAGCAGGGUCAGCUAGUACCCCGGGCCGGGGUAACCCAGGUAUUCCGCCGAAAGAUUCUCCCAAAUACCCUCAACAAACCCUGGAUGGCCCAAAUAGUCAUGUCAACAUUACCCUUACACCAACUUCCACAAAGCAUGUCCCGUCCAGGGGCGCGACUCAUCUGCAACAUACGGGUAGACAUGAGCAGCGUGGAUCGGAAACCGAAGAACGACCACUGGUAUGAUUUCAGACCAAAAUAUUACGUUGCUCACAUCAACCUCAAGGUAGUUGUUGGCCCUACGGACCUGGGAUUCGAACUGUGGAAUAUGAAUGGUGGGAGAAUUCGUGGGGAGACGCAUGAUCCUGUUACUGUCAGCUGGAAUACUGCGCAGGAGAAAAUGGAUGAUCAAAAGGAUAAACUUACGGAAACGGUGUUGCAUGAAAUGGGUGUGAAUGAUUGA